AUGGAGGGAAGAGGGGGGCCUGUGCGCCGCAGCGGCACAGCUUUGAACGCGGAGCCUUCUGCUCGCCACAGAGGCGACGCAGACGGGCUGCACAGGCGGUCUGCCACCGCCGUGGCUUCUUCCUCCUCGACGCCUUUCGCAUCUUCCGCAGCGCAUCAUCACGCGCACCGAACAGAACAGGACCCCGGCCGAGUCGCUCUCGCUGCAGGGAGGCUGAGGAGCGACGACGACGUCGAGGCUCUCUACGCAGGCGUCGACUUAAUCGGUCAAACAAUCGAGGGAUCCAAAGUCAAAUACACGUGGCUGCUAACGAUAAAGGGAACGCGACACAAAGUCGAGUUCUUCCACUCGAAGAUCUCAGGCAAGAAACGCCUCAUUCUCGACGGCCGGGUCAUCUACGAACAACACGUCAUGCGCGCGCACAAGUUCCUUUACAGCUGGCCUCUGCAGGAGCACCUGCUUUCAGUCGUUUUCGAGCCUGGAGAUGGUCACUUUCACCUGACGAUAAACGGCCUGCCUUUCUCCUACUUCACGCACCGAAACCGCGUGCAGAGGAACCCUAACCUAGCGGCUCAGGAACGCCGAGCGCGAACGUCGGCAUACGCCUCCGCUGCCUCUUGCUACUCGGCUGACGCGUGCCACGCCCCGCCGGCGGCGCCCGCCCCUCCUCCGCAGCCGCACGCUUCGGGCGCAUCAGGCGCCUCUUCCGAGACCGGCGCAGGCGCCAGGCCCGCGCGCACGCCUCCUGGUCACGCCGUCACCUCGCCGCCCACGUCGCUGUCCUGUUCGGGCGCGGUCACGUCUGGCGAGAGGGCUAGCAGGCUGUCCCGAGAGCGCGUCCAGAGAGGAAAAGACGGAAGCUCUGCGGCGCACGUGGACGUUGCACCGGGCGCGCGGAGGGCGUGCAGCGACAGCAGGCCCGCAGCGGAGACGCGAGAUGGCGAGGAAGGCCGCCCCAAAGAAGCGACACGCGAAGGAACGGAGACAGGAGGCGCAAGGGGGUGCGACGCGGCGCUCGAAUCGCAGAAAAGUGAAGAAGUCGAUCUAUUUGAUCUGUUUGGGGCGACGGAGGCUCCGCCAGCGCGCGACUCUCUCUCGCUUCCUCUCGACGACGCCGCGGCUGUUUCGUCUGUUUUCGGCGGAGCGGAGACUUUGAUGCCCUCGCUUGGGUCGCUGCCGCCUGCGCUCUUUGAUCCCGUCCCGCCUCCUGCUCAGGCGAAGGACGCCAAGUCUGCGGGCCUGCCCGCACCUCGAGCGUCUUCUUCGCCUUCCCCGGCCGCUACAGGGGGCUCCUCUUCUGGGCUCGUUUCGUCUCCAUUUUCUUCUCUUAUGGGCACAGGCGAGGUGGAAGGCGCACCUCCCAGCGGCAGGCGUGCAUGCGGGCCUCUGGGGCUGCUCACGCCAGCGGCGGCGCAGCCUGCUGCUUCUUUGCGCGCGUCCUCGUCUCCCUUCGCCUCUGCCUCCCCGCUCGCCGCUGCUUCGAGCCCGUCGGCCUCGCUCUUUUCUGCGCCGUGCUCUGCAGCUUCAGGCGCAGUGUCCAGCGCGCCGAAAGGCCUCGGCAGUCCUCUGGUGGAGCCCUCGCUCGCCCCAGCCCCUCGGGCGUCGGCGUCCGCUCCGGCGGCGGUUUCUCCUUCGCUGGCGCCGGCGUUGCUCCCGCCGUUUGCCGCGCCGCCUUCGCGGUCAGAACCUGCCGAUGCCGCGACGCUCUGCGAAUCGAGCGAGGCGCCCAACGGCCCCUUCGCGUGCUUUGACAUCCACAGCGCCACAGACCCGCUCUUCCCCGCUCGCGCUGCCGUCGCGCAGGCCCGCGCGGCACCGCCAUCGCCUCAGCCGCCCGCGGCAGCGUCGCGGAGCGCCGCAGCCUCGCUUCUUCUGCUGGGCGAAAACGGAGACGACAGCGGCGCGUGCGCGCCCCCUCGGUUCCCGAGCUCGCCGCUCGCGCAGACGGCGGCCUCCUGCUCCUCGUCGCCCUCCGCCUCGGCUUUCGCAGGGAGUCUCCCGCCACGGCGCGAGCUGCCGGCGCGCCUUGGAGAAGUCUGCGCGGCCGUCUCGCCAGACCCGGGGCGCGAGACGGAUGAACGCCUCGCCCAAAACAAAGGCGCGGCGUCGCCCACGAGCGGCGCGGACCCGGGGGGCGCAGCGAGCACGCCGCAGCCCGAAGGGGCGUCGAAUGCUGCGCGGCGGGGCGUCGAGGGGCGUAGGCAAGGAGCAAAGGACUCGCAGGCGGACAGCGCCGGCAGCAAACCGACCGCGCGAGCCGAUCCGCUGCUGCUCAUCUGGGAAGAAGCCUUUCGGGGCGAUACGGCGAGAGUCCUGGCAGACCGCGAAGACGGCAGCAGCGGCGACCGACAUGAGGGUCAGGCGGAGGGCCUCAGGCGGGGCGAGCCGGCCGGCGAGAGACGGGAAGAAGAGGCGAGGCUUUUUUCGUCUUCGGCGCAGGCGGCGCUCGCGAGUCAGCUGGACUCGGCGACUAGCGAGGGGAGACGUGAGAAGCGGCAACAAGCGGAGACGCAGACCUUCGUGUUCCCCGGGGGCCUGCAGCCUCCCUCGCGCCUUCGCGCGGAGCCGCCGAGAGAAGACGACACUUCGCGGCGGCAAGACGUGCCCGAUGACCCCUUCGCAGGCCUCAUGACCCUCGCAGGCGAGAAGCUGGACAUCCAUGCGAACUUCUAG